AUGGCACAACAUAACCUCAUCGAGGCUCUCAAAAACUUGGUGGACACUAUUGCAUUCUCAUAUGCUGAUCUGUUGGAUUAUGGAGAGCAGCUCACUGAUGAACAUCGUCAAAGGUGUUUACGAGUGUGUGAGGAGACCAUUGAAUACUUCAACACAAUAUUACUGGAUCCUGGAACAACAAUUCAAGUGAGACGAAGUGUUCAAGCGCACAUCAACCAACUCAACUGGUUUGCCGAUCAGUUUUCCAGACUCGGUAACCAAGUUGUUGGUGGAGAUCUCAACCAAGGAAUCAAAUGGAAGGACUUGGAGAAUGCUUUUGCUGGUAACAUCCAGACUGGAUGUGUCAUUAACCAACGUCACAAAGAUCCAGCAUCAUUUCUCCAGGCUUCACGGGACAUCAUCAUCAACAAGGUACAGAGUGUCUUGAGAGAUCUGGCAGGGUUGAAAGUGAAUGUUGAACUCUUUUGCACAUUCCGGAAACAAGAAGAUGUAGAAGAGCGAAAGUCUUUGAGUAUGUCUUGA